CAAGCCCUCCGUUUCUAGUCGGCGGACUCAUCCCACCUUGGAGAAGAAACGUGAAGGAUUUUUAGCGAUUUAUCGUGGGUUGUGCGUUGUUUUCGGUUCGCAUUGCGUCCCGGAUUUAAUAGUUGUCAUGUCUUUGACGGCGGCGUGCGCUGGAUCCGUCAGAUUAUCCAGCCGCCUCUGCGUCCUCAUCCCGGCGCGGUCCAACUCGAACCGCUCGUCUCUGGCCUGCUGCGGACGCCCCCGGUUCGAGCGUCUGUACCGGGCCCUCCUGGUCCGCCCGGACGGCUCCACGGUCCACGUCCGGCAUCCAGAACCCCGGAGGAUCCUGACGAUCCCGGUGGACCCGGCGUCGCUGUCGGACGAGGAGCGCCGCGCCAGGCAGAAGAAGAAGAGGGACGGCACGAGAGCGAGGGCGGAGGCGGAGGCGUCCCGCGGCGGCUACGACGACGACGACGACUUCCGGGCGGACGCGUACCAAAACAUGUGGAGGAAGAAAUGAGCUGCAGCUGCCGCUGUUUCAAUAAAAAUCUGGAAAAAACAAAACAAAAAACACUUUUCUGCUUUUGUCUAUUUUAAAUUUCCAAACAUUUGAAGUCUGUUUUUGUUUGCUCAUUGACUAUUUCUUUUUUCGUGCUUUUUUU